GUCCUAUCUGCGAGAGAGGGAGAAAGGGAGCGAGAGAAAGAGAGCGAGAGAGAGUCUGCUGUGGUGGUGUUGGAAAUCGGACGACAUGAGCUCUACAUGAACCGUGUAAAAUGCUUUAAGACGCUUCCGGCGUUUGUCUUUCAUCCGUCUAAACCAAGGACGAGCCUGAAGCGGAGCUAUACUUCACGACCAGGUGUAACACUGUCUUAAGCCUGAGGGGGGCAGAAUGCCGGAGCAGAGCAACGACUAUCGUGUGGUGGUGUUCGGGGCAGGGGGAGUAGGGAAGAGCUCCCUGGUCCUGCGCUUCGUGAAGGGCACCUUUAGGGACACCUACAUCCCUACAGUGGAGGACACCUACCGCCAGGUGAUCAGCUGCGAUAAGAGCGUGUGCACCCUCCAGAUCACCGACACCACAGGGAGCCACCAGUUCCCGGCCAUGCAGCGCCUGUCCAUCUCUAAAGGCCAUGCCUUCAUCCUGGUCUACUCCAUCACGAGCAAACAGUCCCUGGAGGAGCUCAAACCCAUUUACCAACAGGUCUUGGCCAUUAAGGGCAAUGUUGAGGCCAUUCCCAUCAUGCUUGUGGGCAACAAGAGCGAUGAGACCCAGCGGGAGGUGGAGACCAAGGACGGGGAAGCCCAGGCCAACCAGUGGAAGUGCGCCUUCAUGGAGACAUCGGCCAAGACCAACCACAACGUCACUGAGCUCUUCCAGGAGCUCCUCAACCUGGACAAGAAGAGGAACAUGAGCCUCAAUAUCGACGGCAAGCGCUCGGGGAAGCAGUCCCGCGCAGAGAGACUGAAGGGCAAAUGCAGCGUGAUGUAAAAAUCCAGGAGAGGAGGAGGUGGGGGAGGUGGAGGCGAGAGAGAGGGGGGAGGAAAUACAGAGGAAAGGAGGAAGAGAAGGAAGACGAGAGAGAGGAGAGACUCACUAAACGUAUCACUCAGAGCAAAACGUCCAGAAGGCAACAGGAAUCUCAUCAUCCACAUCCUCCUCCGUUUGACUGGUGCAUUCACAAACACAACUCAGCUGUUAUUUUGAAAACAUACAGGAUUUCAGUUUGGAGCUUUACAUCCAUGUGCAUUCUACUAUAAGGAGAGAUGAGGGGCACUGAUGCAGAAGCAAAUUAAAAAUGAGAAGAGUGCGUCAUAGUCGGAAAACAGCGUGGGUGUGGACUUUUGUAUCAUCCAAGUGCCACAGAACCAAGACGUCGGACUGCAAUAAAGACCACAGACUGCAGCACCCCUUGAAAAAACACUAAAGGUUUCUGAUCUACACAAAACAUUUAGUGUCCUCUCUCACUUCUACACCUGCCUUUCCCUGCUCAGCUCACUCCUUAACUCCCCACCUCAUCAUCCCAGCACCCUCAUCCUUUGCAUACUAUAACAAAUAUAAAGAAAUGUAAUGUAUAUGUAACAGAGUCAACACAGUUAGUUAAGCUCACUCAUCUGGUAGAAACACUAUUUUAAGAGACUGAGGUGUCCGUCAUGCUAGAAAGCACAGGACCCCCUGAAGGUUUGAGACUGCUAGCAUGAACGGCACGUGUUACAGCAGCAAAACGUAUGACACUCCUGAGGACACUGAUGUAAAUAAACAUGGGAUAUUUAAAUAUAUUCCAUCUAGUCUACACAUGCCCUGCCCAAACUAGUAUAUCAGCCACAGGAAUAUGGUGAGGUUUGACGCAUUAAAGCUUAAAUUCGUGGCUAGAGGACAAAUCUUAUCAUCUUCUCAUCCUAACCAUCCCUCCUGAAAGAUAAAAAAGACCGUACUUUUCCUUUAUCAACCUGUCAUAAUGUUAAAAACUCAUCUGCAGACUCUCUAAAUGUCCUCAUCUGAAGUGGAGAAGCAUCCAGCGGCAGGGUAUGCACACACACGCUACUGAUACGACGCAACAAUCCUUUUAAGACUCAUCUACUGUAGAAUAACUCUGGAUGAAAAGAAAGCUGGACUCUCAUCAAAGUACGAAUCAGAAAUACAAGUCUGCCUUGUCUAUGAGGAUGAUACACUUGGAUAAUCAUUGCCAAGCUGGUAAGACAGAAAGCGAACUGGGAGGAUUUUUGGUUCUGAGGUUGGUCAGUUUGCUUUGGCACUUUUCAUGUGAAGGUUUCUCCUCUUUUGCCUUUCUUUUUCUUGUUGGUUUGUGUUAUGAUGCUCUUUAAAUUCAUGUAAAAGUUUAAAAAAAAAAACCCUCCUUAAACAAAAAGCACACAGAGAAAGAUAAAUAAAAUAAGGGAUGGAUGUAAAAUUUCUCCAUGCUGAUUAUUCAGUGCGACCUGUAUUGGUAAUUCUGUUUCCUCUUUGGUUGGUUUGGUCACAUUACCUCUCAUACACUAAUGCAGGCAUCGGUAAACAGGAAACAGAAUGGGUCACACACAUAAACACACACACACACACACUGCAUGCGCGCAAAUGCAUUCAUGCAAGCGUCAAAACAAAAAAGUCAAUCUGUGUAACACUGUUGACGGAUUACAUGAAGACAAACAGAGGCUCAUUCAGCCUAAAUGCCCUCACAUUGCACUUUAUAUCAUAAACACACUCACACGCACACACACAACUGUAAUUUGUCCUUUUUUUUGCCUAUAUUAUGUAUUAAUGAUCUCCGCUUAAUACAGAAAAUCCUCUUGGAGCCAUUAAAUAGCUCUACUGUAUGUCCAAAGUGCAUGUAUACACCUUUUUUUUUCACACAGGAGCUCUGAAUAUUGUCCACAGUGUACACAGGACAGCCAAAAGCACAAUACUUUUUUACCAACAUAUCUAUUUGUACAUUUUUUUUGUCUUUCUUUUUUGUAUAUUGUUUUCUUUUUUUGUCUUCUUUGUUCAAUUUUCAUCUUUAACAUUCAUUCACCAGUCCUGAACAUGAAGGAACAAUCGCAUCAUGAUCUAACUCUCCGUCUCGAUGUAGAUGUAACGUGUUUUCUUUGUCCAGUACAUGGCACAAUGAGGUUGUGGUUCUGCUGAACAACAGGGUAUCGUGAGGUUAGCCGUGGCCGUGAAGCAUGUAAAUGUGACGUCACUCCACAGGAUUCGUAGCUCGUAGAAAGCAGAAGAGAGUCAGAUUAUUUGUCUACUUUUCUCCAUCUCUCAGGCGGUUUUAACAACAAUUUGGGUUGAGGAUAAUCUGCUCCUGUACUGUUAAACCCAAAGAUACAGAUGAUGCCCCUUUUAACUGUGUGUCCAUCUCUCUGGAAAAAAAAAGAAAAAGCACAGCAACUGUUUUCAUCCGUCUCCUUCUCUGUCUUUAUGUGUGCAGCAGAAUCAACAACUGGGCACUUUAGGGUGACAUUUUACUUGAAGACUUGCUUAUUAAUCAGCAAUGCCUCAUUUAUAAGCACCAUGUAGAAUGUCCCUCCUGCAUUAUUCACGCCCCCCCUACAUAAGAACUAUUUCAAAUGUGUAGUUAUUGUAAAUAAGCAUAUGGUAGUUGAAUGAAAUGUUCAUAAGAGCUUCAAGUAAGAUGUUACCCAUGUAAAGAAAACUGUACCCGCUGUCUUUCUGGGAAUAAGUCCUUUGUAACCAGGAAAUGUUGUUACAGUAGGAGGUUCAAUGUUGCUAUGUACUGUAAUAUACAGCUUGAUAAUGAUAUAUUGUAUUUGACACAUCCACUCUUCAGAUUUAUCAAUCAGAUAAUACUAGCAAAAUGUGAAUAUGUAACUAAAGGUUCCACUCCAUGGCUGUUACGUUUUUUAUUUUGAAAGCUGAAUGAAUCCGUUGUUAUCGAUGUGUUGUACUUUGCACUAAUGUGAGGUCCUGUUAAAAUCAAAAAAUUUGCAUUGUAAACGUACCCUUUACCUGUUAGAUGCCAGGGAUGCUCACUCGUACUAUCAUUUUCUUUUUAUCAUCAAUUAAUAUUUUUUUUAAAACAAAUUGUAUUUGAAAUUUGUCUAGGUUUGUUUUAGCCAAUUAAGAUACUAGAACGAUGGAAUGAUUUCUGUCAUGUACCUACCUGUUGUGUCCAUCUAAAGGUCAAAAAGCUUAAAGAAAACAAAACUAAAGCUGGAACAACUAUCAGACAGUACCGGUCUGAUCUGAUGUGUAGCUACCGGCAGUGGUGAUGCACACCCUGCAUAAAUAUCAGCUUGACACCUCUGGAUGCUUCACGCAAACGCCAGAUUGCGAGCGCAUGUUUGUGCAAUCUGUUGUUCUGCUGACGUCUAUUGGAGACGUUGUUGUUCAUGUUUCUGCGUGGAAUAUGAUACAGCAGGGAGGGAAAAAACAAUGAGACAGCGUGCGAGAGCAGUAUGGACAACAAGCUGGAGUAAGAGAGGGAGCUGUGUUAUUAAUAGAAAUAGUGUGAAAAUAUGGAGUGAAGCUGCACUGAUCGCGGCCUGUUUAGGAUUAGAAUGUGCUUGCAUGUGGGGAGGCGUGCAUGGGAAGUGUGUGAGCAUUAGUUGAGUUUCUGGGCUGUGUGAGUUAAAUGCUGGCAUGAAUCAGGACAGACACCUCUGCCCCCGUCCUCCCAUGGCUUGUCUCAUCUCAUUUGUCAAUGGAGCAUAUUCAUUGCUGCUGCCUGCGCCUGUGUGUGUGUGUGUGUGUGUGUGUGUGUGUGUGUGUGUGUGUGUGACCAUGAGUGCAUCCAUGUAUGUGCGCAAUCAGCCACCUAUUUGCAUUCCUUCACUCUGGCCUGCAUGGAUGUGUGUGUGCAUGUUUGUGUGCUGUUGUUGUACCAUCUUAUAUGAAAUGUCUGUCAGUUAUUUGAAGCUUUCCUGUGGAGAAUGCCUACACAUUUCUGCAUGAGUCAUCCCGCACUGCUCAAACACACCCGUAUACACAUACAAACACACACACACACAGGCUCAUAAAACAGGCAUGGAGGCAAAAUAGACAGACUGCAUGCCCUUAGCUGCACACACACACACACACACACACACACACACACACACACACUUAUACACACACACGUUACAUUCACACAGGCCUUGUCAGUGAAGUCUCGUUGGCUCACUGGCUGUUUUUCUGCUCUGCGCUGUUGUACAGGCACCACUGUCAGCAUUACUUCUCCAUAAAUCAGCUGUCUGCCCCCGGAAAUCUUGAGUCUCUUUCACAUUCAUCCCCCUAUUUUUUUUUAUUAUUUUUUUUGUGUGUGUGUGUGCGUGUUUUUGUGAGUCGGUUGCACUUGAACAGACUGAAAGCCGACCAUGGUCACAUCUGAUUGUAGAUAGCUGUAAAUAGUGUUCAAAGGACUUAAUAUUUCAGACAUGAGAGAGUGCAGAGGAAAGGAUGCUGUGGUGGGAAGGUGCCGUCACCUGAGUUUUCUUCAGAGGAGACUUUAUGUCAACUUCAUCAGCUGUCAUAAAGUUGUUUAAACUUUGAGCUUUUUCCAAAGUAUGCUAUAAUUUUCUCUGCAAGAAAAAGAGCUAAUUGACUUCUAAAGAGGAAACUUUGGAGGCCCAAAGCAUUCAAUAUUAGAUUACUUAAAUAAGAUGACUAGAUACAGACAAAAAUAACUAUGAAAAUCUGGAAUAAUACAAUAAAUGUUUAUUAAUUUUAACCUGCUUCUUUUCACAAUAACAGAGUUUAUUACAGGUCAUUUUCAUUUAAUUCAGUGUUGUUUAUUUCCAAAUGUAAAUUUUAUUUUGAACAGUUAAUUUUAUAACACCACUUUUCAUCACCAAGUCUGUCAAUCAGGACAAAACCAGUUGUGUGAUAAGCUGUUAGUUUAAUAAGACCAAGGCAGCAGCCAAUCGCAUAACAGAAUGUGUUCCUUGUUUGUUUUGAAGAAAAGUGGCAUUAUAAAAUAAACAACAACUGGGGGGGUGAAAUAAAAACAGUCUUUGUGUUUUUUAUUUUUAUGUAUUGUACGGUGUUCCUUGAGUGCCCAGAGAGGCACCUUUAAAUAAAUAAAAUGUAUUAUAAGAACUAGGAAAUAAAAAUAUGGAAUUAAAUAAAGAAUGUCCUACAAUGAAAUUAUGCAAUUGUGAAAAGAAGCAAGAUAAAAAUCAUUUUAAGACUUUGUUAUUUUCGAUUAUUUCAGUUUUGUGGUUAAAUUAUAUAUUUUGUCUUUAUGUAAUUCGUGUGAUACCUUAUUUCAUAAUGUCAUCUUUAUUAAUUUAAUAUUGAGCACUUUGGGUCCCCAUAGAAACCUACAUAGGGAGCACUUGUCCCAAAAUUUAAAUUAGAACCAGGUGAUGAUCACCUCACAGUGUUUACCAUCAGUGAGAUACUGACUGGUCAUGUUGCUGAAGAGUCUUGUACAGCAGAGGAAGUGUGGUUCACAUGUGUCCUUCCAUAGCAGGAUGGGAAACAUGACGCCGUGAUGCUGAAACAAAGGGCAGUCAGUAAAGUCUAAAUAGACCGGAAAGGUUGUAAGGUAUGUUCCAUAAACUCAUUUCCACCAACAAGGGCAGGUUACAGUCCUGUUGAGGCAGGCAGAAAAUUAGUGUUGGAGGAUGAGUGGAAAACUGACCCCGUUAACCUCUCCGGCUCACCCCUUUACAUCUCGUCUGAUCGCAUCAGAUCCUCACAAGCUGUUUUUUGCGGACGGGGCAUAAAGUGGGGCAUAUAGACUUUGUGGGUAAUGUAGUUUGGUACUAUCCUGUCACUCUGGCCCUUCAUUCCUGCAUGGUCCCUAUUGGUGUUCCAGCCAGCAUGAGAACAAGGACACAAACUGUGAAUCAUCUUUGUAUUUUUUAAAUAAAUUCCUCAGCAGCAUUUACGGCUUCAGUUUUGCAAAUGGUUCGUUUAUUUUAAGCACUUAUUGUUUUUUUUUUUGUGUAAAUUAUUCUAUUGUUUUUUUUGUUUGUUUGUUUUUCUGUUGGGACUUUUUUAUUUAACUAAUUAUGAUGUAUAGAUAUUUAUUCUAGCAAUAGUCUUCCUAUUAAGAUAUACUGUGCUGAUGCAUCCUCUGAAUAACUGAAAAUAACAUAUAUAUAUAGAUGAUAAUAAUAAUCAAAUCUGCAAAAUGAUUUUCCUAAUAAAAAUGUGAACUGAG